AUGGUAGAUAUUAAGUAUAUAACCGAUGAAAUUUUAAAUUUCUACGAAAACAAAUUCCAAACUAAUUACAGAAUUUGUGUACUCAUUGUUGGACCUCCUGGCUCUGGCAAGUCAACAAUUGCCAAUAAGUUAAGAGAUAACAUUAAUAAAAAAUAUUCUCAAACUGAAAAAGAACAUGCUUUAUCUUUACAUACACAACCAAAAAAAGAUAGCAGAAAGACACAGUCUGUACUCAAUUAUAUGCUCGAAGGUAUGGAAGAGGCGAGUGAUGACUUGAAACAAACUUUGAAUGAAAACAAAGGCAUAUUUCCAUUUCUAGUUGAAGAUUACAGUUUUAAACCUAAAAAAAUCACUAGUGUUAACAAUACUAUGGUGCUUGGAAGAGGUGGCACUCCAAACGCAAUGAAAUUGAUUCUUUCACCAUCGGAGGAGACAUGUAAAAAACUGCAAAAGUUUGCUGAAGUUAUUCCAAUGGAUGGUUUUCAUUUAUCACGCCACUGUCUUGAUCAAGUCGCAGAUCCUGUUCAAGCCUAUAAAAGACGUGGGUCCCCCCAAACAUUUGACAGUAAUAACUUUUUGCAAUUAAUCAAAAUUAUAAAGAAAACAAUGACAUUAAGACCAAACAAUGUCAAAGAGAACCUUAAUAUAUUUGAAAAAGCCAUUCAAUCUUCAAGAGAGGAUAUUCCCAGUAUUUAUAUCCCUGGAUUUGAUCAUUCUUUAAAAGAUCCCACUCAAAAUGCAUAUUGUAUCUCUAAUUCAACCAGAAUAAUCAUUUUAGAAGGAUUAUAUUUAUUUCAUAAAGAUGAAAAUUGGAAGUCUAUAUAUCCUAUAUUAAAAGAGUCUGAUGCUAUUAUAUCUUAUUACAUAGAUAUUGAUCUUAACGUAACGGAACUAAGAGUUGCUAAAAGACAUUUAGAGAGUGGACUUGUUAAUACAGUUGAAGAAGGGAAGGAAAAGUUUUGUGCCAAUGAUCGUCUAAAUGCACUUUUAGUCGAAAAAAGCAAAGAAGGUAUUGAAAAUCUCAAAAUUAUUCGUAAUGACUAA